AUGAAAGCAUAUGCUAUUGCACUCAUAGUUUGUGGCUCUGUAGCAGCUCUAGUUUUGAUUUUGUGUUGUCUAUGCAAUGGUAGGCGAAAGAGAAAGAGCCAACCUGUGACUCGGAAUGUGACUGGUUUUGCUCCCCCUCCUCAACCUUUACAAGCAAACCGCGAUGUUGAAAAGGGUGAAAUUACGCCCAAGAGCACAGCAGUUACAAAAGAUGGUGGAAUGGUUAUUUUAGGAGCUACUGCUGCAACUGUGGCUACGGCUGCUGUUAUAACUAGUGCUUACAGUGGUGGUGGCGGCGGUGGAGGGACGAGUAGUUCGGGUGGAGGUGGUGGCUGUGGCGGCGGAGGUGGUGGAUGUGGGGGCGGUGGUGGAUGUGGAGGCUGUGGAGGUUAA